AUAUUAAUGAACAGUUGCAACAGAAUCAGUUUCCUAGCGAGAAUGGGUAAACUAUCAAUAUUUUGUUUGUGUUUACAACUCUGUGUACUCCUGCAGAUAUGUACUGCAAGUGUAACUAAUGUUAAGUACACAGUGGUUCUUGAUAAGGGUUUACCUGGUGAAGAGCUGGCAGGAAUGAAGAAUGUAAGUAUCAAGACUGGAACUACUACUGAGAGAAUGGAAUGUGCGUCUGCUUGUGCUACGGACAAGACAGGAUGUUCAGGUUUCCAUAUCUCCUCUGGAUUUUGCUAUUUCUUAACAGAUGUUACUCAGCCAGCAGUAUUCACUGAUACUCCAGGCAGCAAAAUAUUCCUGGGCAGUAUACUCAGUAUCCUGUAGAAUCCAGGAAACUAUAUUCCUGGGUAGUAUGCUCAGUAUCCUGUAGAAUCCAGGAAACUAUAUUCCUGGGUAGUAUUCUCAGUAUCCUGUAGAAUCCAGGAAACUAUAUUCCUGGGUAGUAUGCUCAGUAUCCUGUAGUAUCCAGGAAAAUAUAUUCCUGGGUAGGAUACUCAGUAUCCUGUAGUAUCCAGGAAACUAUAUUCCUGGGUAGGAUACUCAGUAGCCUGUAUUAUCCAGGAAACUACAUUCCAGGGUAGGAUACUCAGUUUCCUGUAGUAUCCAGGAAACUAUAUUUCUGUACAACAUUAUACUAGUAUGCAGAAAAUCUUCACAUUUCCUGUUACCUAACUCAAUAAACGUGUUUUUUGGUUUAUCAAUAAAUAUAAAAUAAAACAUGCG